AUGGAGCAAUUAUUCAGGAACCAAAAGUUGAAUGUUAGUGUAAGAACCGUUAAGAGUGGUGAGGAGGUACUGUUCUAUGCGAAAGAUGUGGCAGAAUCUCUAGGGUACUCGAACACGAAAAAAGCCAUCCAAACUCAUGUUUGGAAGCCAAAUAAGGCAACGCUCGGGGAACUCAAGUUGGGACCCAACUUGGGUCCCAUCCUGGACGGUCACCCAAAUUCUGUUUUCCUAAGAGAACCUGGUUUGUACCAACUAAUAUUCAACUCAAAACUUCCAAUAGCUGAGGCCUUUCAGGAUUGGGUAUUUAGUGUGGUGCUUCCAUCUAUCCGUAAAACAGGCUCAUACAAAUUACCAGAUAGAAGGUCACUCAGGUAUAACCAAAUGAUCCUCAUAAACGAAACGGACCUUCAUCAUACAGUUGUGAGUUACAUUAGGAACAACUACCCUAAGGCUGUAAUUGUACCCGGUCUUGGUGGGUAUCAGGACACGGUACCAAAGAGAUGUGAUGCCUGGAAGAAGGGCUAUAAAGGUGGUCAGCCAGAUCUCAUUAUAGAGAAUCCUAUGGGGGAGUACACAGGAUUCGCAAUUGAAUUUAAGUCUCCUAAGGGCACUUAG